AAUCGUAGCAAGCGUCAGUUUGACAUAGCCAUCGAAAUCGAAAGCGGCAGCUCACAAAAAAUUAGCAUCGAACAGAGCAAGAGCCGCAUAGCAAGAGCCCCCCAACAAAGCUUUUCCGCAGAUAACCAGCAAGAGGGAUAAUCUAAUCGAAUCCAGUCCAGUAGUCACGAUGUCGGAUCGUAAGGCGGUGAUCAAGAAUGCGGACAUGAGCGAGGAGAUGCAGCAGGACGCUGUCGACUGCGCCACCCAGGCACUGGAGAAGUACAACAUCGAGAAGGACAUCGCCGCCUUCAUCAAGAAGGAGUUCGACAAGAAGUACAACCCCACCUGGCACUGCAUCGUCGGCCGCAACUUCGGCUCCUAUGUGACCCACGAGACGCGCCACUUCAUCUACUUCUACCUCGGCCAGGUGGCCAUUCUGCUCUUCAAGAGCGGCUAACCACGAGCGAACCACGACGCCUGGAAUCCUGGGAGCACGGGAACCUGGGACUCCCAAUGCCAGGACGCCCAUCGAUGUUUUCCGGAGGAGGUCGCCGAACACUUUUGUUCCUUGAAUUGUCAACUCGCACACAUAAACACUAACACGUGCCCUCUCACACACACACACUCACACACGCACACUUAUUACCGCACACUCAUUACCGCACACUCACACACGCACACUGGCACACGCACACUCGCACACUUACACACUGACACAAGCACACUCACACAUGCCCACUAGGCGUAGCGUUGAUACGUUUUGCCCAAAUUCCAAACACUUCGCUGUGCUGACUUAACCUUAAACACUUUGAUGCCAAUUAAAUUGAAUGCUGGUCCUCA